CCCUUCCUCAAUAUGGCGGGUGUAAAUGUUUAACGUUUGAUUGGUUGACUUCGGGUUGACUUAUUUUUACCUGCGCGUUGUUGAAUCCAGUAUUUUCUGAUUAGUGAAUACAUAAUACUCGCUUGUAUGGAAGUUGCAAAUUAAAGGCUCGUUUCUUUAAGGGAAUUUCGCUUGGCUAGUGCCAAGCGUUGAGAGCUUGGCCUGUGGUGGUCCAUCGCGGCGUGGAUUGCUGUGCAACGCGUCGGACAGACCCGAGAAUCUGUCAUGGAUGCCUGCUUUCUUUAGAGCUGCAUUAUCCGUCUAUUCGGUCUAUUCUUUAUUGCAAACGCUCGCCAUUUACAAUGGCAGACGGUUAUUGUGUUGUGCAUUGAGUUCUUUUUUCCUUUAACCCAUUGGAUGAAUUUCAGUGUGACAACAAGUGCUUAUUUCUUGUCAUAGUUUUAGUAUUUUUGUGCAAUUGUUAAUCUGUACCGGUUAUUUAUUUGUCAAUUAAAUGAAACCAGAGCCGUGGCUGUAAUGCGAGCAGUAGAGUGAGCAAAAGUGAUCAAAAGCAACUUCUUAUAAUUGUAGCCAGUGCUGUUAGCCGCGGCUGUGCUGCCUCUGCCGCUUCGUCGUUUCGUCCUACUAUGCAGGCCGACGCUCCGAGGAAAUUUAAAUUUCUUACUUGAGCUUUCCAACAUUUCUUUAUGGGAAUUUUCACUCGAUCAGUGCGGACAUCUUAGAAAUUUCUCCACUAUGUUUACAAGCACUUAGUCAGCGUUGCUUUCAUGGACAUCAUUAGAUGUACAGCAGAUUGAGGAAUCCUUAAGAAUUCCAUGUUUACACAAACACAGCAAACAAAUAGCUUUACUCAAACGGAACAAAGAAAUUCAAACUACAGCAGCCAACGACAGCCAACCCAACACUCAACAAUGUUUGACCCACAACAAAUUCAGCAGCAGCAAACUGCUCAGGGGCAAGCAUCACAACAGCAGGCCCAGCAAAUGUACGUGACAGAAAAGAAGGAAGACAAGUCGCAGCAGCAAUCGACUACUGCGGAGUUUCCCUUCUACUACAAUGUGAAUAUGCUUCAAAAGGUUCAAUCAAACACCGUGAGCACAAUUGGACAAAUUACAACCGAUGACAAAGGAUGCUACCGCUUCGACGUGCAGCCUGUGGGGUACAACACAUUGUUGAAUCAAAUGAGCAUAGCGGCUGCAACAAACUCAACCUUUAAAUGUGACAUUUGUGGUUUGGUUUUCGGUCACAUGACAUUGCUUAAUCAUCACAAACGAAUUCACAACACAACUCCCAGUAAUCUACAGCAGCAACCUCAGCAGGUCAUAGUGCAAACGCCCACAACCGUCACAGUUUCAACAACUCCUGAAAGACCCUACACUUGUGACGUUUGUGGCGCUUGUUUUAUUUUACCGGGGGAAUUGAAGAGUCACAAAACAAACACGCAUCAAAAACCGAAGGUGCAAAUAUGUGAGGACUGCGGAAGUGAAGAUGCUUGUGAGCAUCAUCCUACUAAAGUUAAAAAAAGAGGUAAGCAGAAUAGUCAAAACCAACCGGAAAAGCCUUUCCACUGUAACGUUUGCGAUGGGACUUUUUCAAGAUAUUCUUCUCUUUGGUCUCACAAGCGACUUCAUUCAGGAGAUAAACCGUUUAAAUGUGAAGUUUGUGGCUUGGCUUUUGCAAAAGCGGCUUACUUAAAAAACCACGGUAGAGUUCACACUGGAGAAAAGCCAUUCAAGUGUGGUGUUUGUGGUAUGCAAUUCUCUCAAAGUCCUCAUCUCAAAAAUCACGAAAGAAUACAUUCUGGAGAACGGCCGUACCAGUGUGAAGUGUGCGAGAAAACUUUUGCACGACAUUCAACAUUGUGGAAUCAUCGUAGAAUUCACACUGGAGAGAAGCCAUAUCGGUGUAAUAUUUGUGGUUCUGCUUUCAAUCAAGCAACACACUUAAAAAAUCACGCAAAGGUUCACACUGGAGAAAAACCACACAGGUGUGACAUUUGCGAAAUAGGAUUUUCAGAUCGCUUCGCACUGAAGCGGCAUCGAGCGAUCCACGAGAAGUAUGGCCAAACAGCACGUAAUCAAAACGCCAACAGCAGUAGUAAUGCUCCUCAAGCGAACACGAGUAACCAGCAGCAACAAGCUCAAUCCCAGCAAGGCCAGCAAGUAGUUGUAGUUAAUGCUACAACGCCCGUCUCUGUGAGUCAAGGUCAAGGACAAACGGUGAUGCUUGACGACGUCUACAAAUGUCAGGUGGCCUUUCCGGAGCCUAAGUGAUUUCAUUAAUAUUCGCCUAUGUAAAAUUGAUGGAUUUAUUAAAAUUUUUAACCUUUUAUAUCCGAUAAUAAAAUUUAUGGAGUUUACGGAUUUCCUAUCCAUGUUAAGAUGGCGUAGAUCAAUGAACACGGAUUUAGUGGACAUUACUGUAAAAUGUAAAAUGUGAUCGUGCACAUUGGUGAAAUAGGUGAUAGUAAUUUACGAUUUGGUGAUUUAAAGACAAAACAUUAUUCUUUUCGACAGAUAAUUAUGUACGACAAUGAAUAUUCAUGGAUUUGGUUUUAAGGACUGCAUCGCUUCCAACAUAUUGACCUGUAGUGACUUAAACUCCAAACUGCCAUCGAAAAUUGAUGGAAUAUUUUGUGAAUUCUUACCAAUGAAAUAACUAAUAAAUUACAAUUUUUCAUUGGAUUUUUAUGAAA